AACAAUAUCUAUUUGCAUUACGAACACUUACGAAUAACAGUCGCGAGAAGGGGGGGAGAGAGGAAGAAGAGGUCCAGACCUGCGUGGCGUGCCAGGACGCUGCGGGUAGCGGACAUCCAAAAGGAGUAUAUUGUUCCCAGCCCUCAGAAUCACGUAACCUCCAUGCGUUCGAAGACCAUCUCGGACGGUUGCAAUGGCCUUGUGUUCUCCUUUUUCUUUUCUUCACUCCCGUCACGUCCGUCCAUUCUUUACCGUCCCUCCUUUCAAUAACGAGGAAUGGCUGGCUUCCUCCGUAAAAAGUCAACAAAUAAGCAGGCUCAGCCAGUACCGACUCCUUCAGGCCCGAUAUCUAUAGGCGGGCCGACACCCUUGUAUGCAAAAUUUGCUUCUGUGACGACGAAUGGAAGGAAUACAGGCUCGGGGGGAAAGCGGAAGCAGGCUACGAAUUCAAAAGAGGAGCGAGAUUCCACUACCUCUUUGCUGCCGAUACAACCUGUACCUUCGUCUUCUGGUGACCACGCUCCCGUACCUACAAACAUGCUGUCUUCGUCACUGCCGGCGCCGACGCUGGCAACGAAUCGCCGGUUUAGUCGAGGGGGGACUGGAGGCGGCGGAGGAGCACCCAGAUUGGACACGCUGAUCCCGAGCGAGGCCCUGUUCUCCACUCCCAAAGUUCUUACCCGUUCUACGGCCGACAAUCAAGAUGGGAGUGGAGGGUCAGGACGUCAGAACCUGGCGUCAGGUUCACUGCGAGCUGCGAAAGGCAUUACCCACGAGCUUGCUAGCGACCCUGUUCCACCGCCUGUACUUCACCGAUCAGUAUCCAGUAACGAGCCUAAACCUUUGCUUGACGAGACCCCUCCCCCACCUCCUGCAAAGCAAGCCAACUACACUGCACCAGUUUCCUACGCAAUGAACGGCGCGUAUCCCAUGCCUAUGAAGAAAGUACCACACCCUACCGCCCCUGCACCCGUCGCGUCGAGGAAGGGUCCACUGAUCUUUGCUGCCAUGGUGCAGCCGGAGGAUUCAUACCCUUCCCCGCCGGCAGAAUACCCCUCAGAUCCGGUACCUCGAUUCAUGACGAGAGGACCAGUUCCCGCAAUGCCCAAGCCGGCUCCUCACGAGACGGUACCUCAGUUCAUGUCGCCGUCAAAAGCUCAGUCUGGCCGGACCCAGCCGCCCACAACAUCUAGUCGCUCCCCCCCUCUACCUGCCCAUCCUGCAUCACGAACAAUGCCACAUUCUCCUCCUCAGACGCCACCACAACAUAUCCCACAACAAUUUGCAUCACCGCCACCAUCUCAAUAUGGAUCAUCAUCACACCAGGUACCUCAAUUACGCCCCGACCCUCGUUCUGUGCCUGUCGAACCUCCGACGCCUCAGUCUAUCCGUCGACAAAAUGUGAACCACGCCGCCCCUCCCGUUGCGUACCAUCAUCAACCGAACGGCGUCGUUCGUUCGCAAUCUAAUGGACGCCCAAAUAGCAGCAGCAUCAAUGGACAUGGUAUCAGUGUCGUUCGAGCACCAUCGCAGACUCAUCCGAACGGGAACGUCAAUGUUAAUCGCAUCCUAUCGAAUGCACGUCAGCCUCCUCAAUCACAGUCGCCCAGUCUGUACCCGAAUGGUGCCGCACGACCAUCGACAUCGAAUGGCGUCGUUCGGAUGCCUUCUCUCACGAACAUGAACACAAAUUCUAGUGUCAAUGGACGCCAAGCCUACCCUCACCCGAACGGAGUUUUUCGUUCACCUUCCCAGACUCAUCUUCCGAACAGUGUUACAUCACGUACUGCUGCCGUCCUUCGUUCGCCAUCUCAAACCCAAGUUCAUAUCAUUCCUUCGACGCCUCCUCGGGCACCACCCUCUCGUUCACCUUCUGAUGUUUCAGUCUUGCAUUCGACGCGAAGAUUGAUGAAAAAACAACACCAUCAUCAGCAACCAUCUGUGACUCCAGUGCAAGAUGACGUACCGUACUUUGCGGAUGAUCCGUUUGCAAAGGUCGAAGGCAGAGGAAGAAGAGGUCGACGGAGACGGAGUAGCCGUUCCCAAGGAGAACACCGUUGUCAGACCCAUUACACCAGAGAAGAAGAGAGUCAAAACUCCAUCUCCACCUCCACCUAGUACGAAAAGGUCUGUUUCACCACCAAAAAAACUUCCUACCCCGCCGUCUACGGCAGAACAACGACCAGCAACCCCACCUCCGCCGGUUACACCCCGUUCUCGCUCCCGUCAUCAUGCAGGUGCUUCACCUCCCCCUGAUUCUCUCGUUGCGAAUGUCACAGUGAACGAAGACCAGCCGUUCCCACUGCACACAUUCCUAGCUAAUCCUGCGUUGCUGAGAAACCUUCUGGGAUACCUCGGCUGGUGGGAGUGGUGUGUACUUGGGAUGAUCAGUCAACGAAUCAGGGGUAUCUUGUUUGACUCUGGGCAUGAAGCAGACGAGAGACGCGAGGAGAUUCUUGAGAGGUUCCUGGGAGGCGUGGGAUAUCGUAGGUGGUCCUGGCUGGAUGACCCAGAACCCGUGAGAUUAACUGUC